CCCGUGACAUUGGCCAACUAUCAGCCAUUCAGUUUGAAGGUUUCAACUCUGGCGGCUUUGACUUCUAGACUUUAAGACACAGGCUGGUGAUCAAUCAUUUCAAUACCACUGGCGGGUAUGGAAAUUUCAUUGAAUUGAUUAUUCUUAAUCAAAGGUUGGGUCUCGACCCUAUAGGCACUCGGGUUUACUUGAAUUUUGAUUCAGAAAGCAACUAUUAGCAGUUUUGGCAUAACACUUGAGUCUCUGCUCAAGCACAUUAAGGUUUUUAUCCAUGGAUUUCAUUUCCCCUCUGAUCAGCAUAGUUGACAGGUUAUGCACAGCUAUGGCUCCGCGGAUAAGCAACGUUAUCCAUUUGGACAGAAGGAUACAGUCGUUCACAACUGAAGUAGAUGAACUCAAGGACCAGAGAGAUGACUUAAGGUCACGGGUUGAGCGAGCUGAACUGGACGGAUCAAGACGUACAAAUGAAAUCCAGAGGUGGCUGGCAAGAGUAGAAGUUAUUGAAGCUGAAGCUACCUCCAUUAUAGAGAAUCUUGGACAGAGUAGGCAUGGCUUGGGGUGCUUAAAUGCAACUUGCUGUUCAAAAUACAAUCUGAGCAAGGAGAUUAUAGAGAAGCUGAAGGAGAUAAGUGAAUUGAAGUGGAAAGGAGCUUUUGAGAAACUAGUGACAGAGCCGCAUCCUGCUCCUGUUGAGGAGAAACCAUGUAGGCCAGCUGUUGGCAUCAGCCUGAUGUUAGACAAGGUCUGGGAGUUUCUUGAGGAGGAUAAAGUGGGAAUUAUGGCAUUAUAUGGAAUAGGUGGAGUAGGGAAAACAACCCUUCUGAAGACCGUCAAUAAUGCAUUUCUCGGCCGAGCUCACAAUUAUGAUGUAGUUAUAUGGGUCUUGGUCACUAAGGAAUUUGUAGUGAGUAAGAUCCAACAGGCCAUUGUGGCAAGGUUAGGAUUGCCCUGGGAAGAAACUGAAGCCAGUGAACUACGAACUUCAAAGAUUUACAAUGUUUUGAAAAAGAAGAGAUUCCUCCUAUUGCUGGAUGAUAUUUGGGAAAGAAUUGAUCUCGGGGAUAUUGGAAUUCCUCUUCCUGAUGAGGAAAAUAAAUGCAAGCUGAUAUUUACAACACGUUCCAUGGACGUGUGUACUGACAUGGAUGCACAUCGGAAGCUCAAAGUAGAAUUCUUGGACGAGGAGAAAUCAUGGCAAUUAUUCUGUGAGAAGGUCGGCAGAAUGGAGAUUUUAGAGUCACCACCUAUUAGAAAUUACGCUGAGACCAUUGUCAGAAAAUGUGGAGGUUUACCACUUGCCUUGAUCACAGUGGGGAGAGCCAUGGCGAAUAAGGAGACUGAAGAAGAAUGGAAGUAUGCAAUUGAAUUACUCAACAAAUCUCCAUCUGAACUUCGAGGUAUGGAAGAUGUAUUUACCCUCCUAAGAUUUAGCUAUGACAAUUUGGAGAAUGAAACAACAAAAACGUGCCUUUUGUAUUGUGCUCUAUUCCCUGAAAGCUAUUCCAUUGAGAAAGAACAGCUUGUAGAGUACUGGAUUGGGGAAGGAUUCCUUGACAGUUCUUAUGACAGUAAUGCCCAUAAUAAAGGGUAUGCUGCAGUUGGUUCCCUAAAAGUAGCCUGCUUAUUGGAAACCGGCGAAGAAGAAACCCAAGUAAAGAUGAAUGAUGUUAUCCGAAGUUUUGCCUUAUGGAUAGCAUCUGAAUCUGGACUAAACAAGGGAAAGUUUUUGAUAGAGGCAAGCUCGGGCCUUACUGAAGCGCCUGGAGUUAAAAACUGGGAAGGAGCAGAGAGGAUUUCCUUGUUAGACAAUGGAAUCACUGUACUAAAAGAAAUACACAAGUGUCCGAAUCUGUUGACUCUGCUGCUUCAGUGGAACAAUGGUCUGAAUCGCAUAUCAGCUGACUUUUUUCAAUCAAUGUCUGCUCUUAGAGUCCUGGAUUUGUCAUUUACAAGCAUCAGAAAGAUCCCAGUGAGCAUCAAUCAAUUAGUAGAGUUGCGUCAUCUUAAUUUAGCAGCUACAAAAAUAACCACAUUGCCUAAAGAGCUAGGAAGUUUAACAAAGCUGAACCACUUGAAUCUCUUGCGCACAUACUCUCUUCGAACAGUUCCACGUGAGGCUAUAUCUGGACUUGCAGAUUUGGCGGUCUUGAAUUUGUAUUACAGUUACAGUUGGGAAGUUCAGAAUGUUGAGGGCAAAGCUGAAGUCGGAUUUGAGGAAUUGGAGACCUUGAGACACCUCCGCAUCCUUGGUUUAACCAUUUCCACAAUAACCUCCCUGAACAGGCUCUCUGGUCUGAGAAAUUUAGUUAGAUGUAUACAAUAUUUACACAUAAAAGAGUGCGAAGGUUUACCACAAUUAGAAUUGUCUUCAGCUUCCGGUUAUGGUAAAACGUUGAGAAGACUUAGCAUCAGAAACUGCUAUGACUUGAAUUACUUGGUAGUGGAUGCCGAGGAUCGAGAAACGUGGCUGCCUAACCUGGAGGUUCUAGCCUUGCAAGGCCUACCCAACGUAACUUCAGUGUGGAAAACCCCAGUGAGAAAAGCAAGCCUGCAAAAUCUGCGCUUGUUGAAUAUCUGGUAUUGCCAUAGACUGAAGAAUGUUUCAUGGGUAUUGUUACUUCCAAGGUUAGAAGUAAUUUACUUGUUCUACUGCAAGGAAAUGGAAGAGUUGGUAAGCGGAGAAGAGAAACUAGAGCCUGACUCACAGGCAUUUUCAAGGCUUAAAACUAUAUCCAUCCGUGACCUACCUGAAUUGAGGAGUAUCACUCCAUGGGCAUUGGCUUUCCCCUGCUUGAAGAGCAUUGCCGUGAUUGAUUGCCCAAGGCUGAAGAAACUACCAAUCAGAAACCAUAAUUCCUCAAACCUGCCAACAGUGUACUGUACUAAGGACUGGUGGGAUGGAUUGGAGUGGGAUGAACCCAACACCAAAUAUGCUUUCCUUACCGACUUCACAUCAAAUUGAAGGAGCAUACACUUCGUGAUAUUUGGUAUGUCAUGCUUCCAUGAAAAUGGAACUUUGAUUUUCAACCACUAUAACCAGGUCUUCCUUUUCCUUCAUUUUCUUUUGUAGAUAUAUAUUGUCUUAAUUAGAAACUCUCAAUUUCUAAAUAUAUGGCUGGAGGAC